CCAAUAUUUAUUUUUGUUUAUAGUUGUAAAAACUUAAAUGCAUAAAAAACACGUGUAACAAAUUAUCAUAUUGUUGAAAAACGCGCUUGUCUUUUCAUUAGAUUUAGCUACCUGUUAAAUUUUGGCGAUCUGAGAAAGAUGCUACGUAGUUUCCAGAUCAACUACGCUAAUCGGAAUCACUUACUUUUCAGAAUAAUAAAUAUACGAAAAAUGUCUACCGUCAACAUUCGCCAGCGAUUGCUAAUUUGGGAAGCCGAAAAGAAAAGACAAGAGGAUCGUUUAAAUAUAAAAGCGCAAAAUACCAUCAAUAUUACUUUAAUGGAUGGAACCAUAAAACAAGGAAUCGCAGGUGUUACAACACCAUUAGAAUGCGCAAAAGGUAUUUCACGUAAGCUUGCCAAUAAUUCUAUAGUGGCACUUAUUAAUUCUCGUGAACUUUACGAUAUGAACCGUCCUCUUACCAAUUCAUGUACUUUGCAGCUUCUUCCUUUUGAACUGAAUGAUUCUACAACCAAGGAUGUGUUUUGGCAUUCAACUUCUCAUGUAUUAGGUUUAGCUCUAGAAACAAAAUAUGGAGAUGAUAUUUUACUAUGCGAUGGGCCAUCACUUAAACAGGGAGGCUUCUUUUAUGAACUUCUAUUAAAGAAACAUAGUGAACAAUUGGAUAAUGAACGAGGAGAAAUAUCAAAAAUAAGUCGAUUGCAUGAAGUAAUUGCUCAACUUAUCAGAUCACCGGAAAUUAGAAAGGAACCUUUCAAUUCAGAAGAAUUGCAAGAAAUUUUGAAAAUUAUGAAUGAAUUUGUUUCACAAAAUUACCCAUUCGAACAUCUGGUUGUUACGAAAAAUAUAGCUUAUGACAUCUUUUCCAAUAAUCCGUUCAAAUUAUAUUACCUCUCAAAAAUACCAGAAAAUGAGCAAAUUACACUUUAUAAAUGUGGACCAUUUAUCGACCUUUGUCGUGGACCUCAUAUUCCACACACCGGAUAUAUUAAAGCAAUAGAUUUGUUAAAAUGUGCAAAUGUUUAUUGGACGCCUGACAUUGAUAAUAACAAAACUUCUCCACAAUCUAUUAUUCGUAUUUAUGGAAUUUCAUUUCCUAAUGCUCAAGAACUUAAAUCUUGGAAACAAGAACGAGAUUUAGCACAUAAAUUGGAUCACCGGACAAUAGGAAAAUCUCAAAAACUCUUUUUAACUCAUCCUUUGAGUCCAGGAUCUAUCUUUAUGCUUCCACAUGGCACUCGAAUAUUUCAAAAAUUACAAAAUUAUAUUCGUGUAAAAUAUAGAAAAUUUGGUUACGAAGAAGUAAUGACGCCAAUGAUAUUCAAAAAAGAAUUAUGGGAAACUUCGGGACAUUGGCAAAAUUAUCAAAAUGAAAUGUUUACAGUACAUUACCAUAAUGAUAAUAGCGAUGUUUAUAGAUUAAAACCCAUGAAUUGUCCGGGACAUUGUUUGAUAUUUGAUAGUGCACCAAAAUCCUUUCGUGAUUUGCCAUUAAGAUUAGCAGAUUUUGGCUCAUUACACAGAAAUGAAACAUCGGGUUCACUUUCUGGACUCACUAGAGUUCGUCAAUUCCACCAAGAUGACGCUCAUAUUUUUUGUAGGGAAUCGCAAAUCUUUGAAGAAAUAUCCGCUACUCUAUCAUUCAUAGACGGUGUUUACAAAGAUUUAGGAUUUACUAACUAUGAAAGCUUUUUGUCAACAAGGCCGAAUAAAAAUUUUAUUGGCGAAAUCAAAGAAUGGGAUUACGCCGAGGAUGCACUCAAAAAAGCAUUAGAUAUGACUGGACGGAAAUGGACCAUCAAUCCAGAAGAUGCCGCUUUUUAUGGACCUAAAGUAGAUAUUAUGGUUGAAGAUGCUUUUCAUCGCAUGCAUCAAACAGCAACUAUUCAACUUGAUUUUCAACUCCCUAAAAGAUUUCAACUGAAAUAUCGUGAUGAAAAUGGAACAGAUCAAACCCCAAUAAUUAUUCAUCGUGCAAUUUUGGGGUCAGUUGAGCGUAUCAUGGCUAUAUUAACAGAACAUACAGGUGGAAAAUGGCCUUUCUGGCUGAGCCCAAGACAGGCAAUUAUAAUUCCAAUUGGAGGAUUAAAAUUCCUUGAUUAUGCUGAAUAUAUCUGCAAUUACUUAAAAUCAGAAAAUUCCCGAUGUAGUUAUUUUAUAGAUGUUGAUCGAUCAACAAAUUCAUUAAAUAAGAUGAUUAAAACCGCUCAAUUAUCACAAUACAAUUUCAUAAUAUUAGUUGGAGAAAAAGAAAGAAACACACAAACUAUAAACGUUCGACGACGAGAUGGAGAAAUAUUGGGUAACAUGACAGUUGACGAGUUGCUAAAUUAUUUUAAUGAUUUAAACAGCAAUCAUUUAUGAUCGACAUUUUUUUUUUACUUUGAAUUUGUGAAAGUUUUCGGAUUUGCGGCAUAUGAAUGUCAGAGCAAGUAAAGAUAAUAUGCAUAUAUUAUUUAUGAAAAUUUUUAAUUUUUAAUUUUAAAUGUUUGAAUUUGAAAUUGAAUUUGGGCGAAAAGAAAUUUUAUCAAAAGAAUGCAUAUAAUUGAAGUUUUUUGGGAUAUCAUUUCAUGUUUAACACAGGAUUAAUGCACGAUUAUGCCUGCAACAAUUUAAAAUUUACUGUUAUUAAUUGCUACAUGAAAAAAAUAUUGCGUCAAUGUGCAUAUAAAGAAAACGAUAAGCAAAAGCUUUUCCGAUGAAAUUUAAAUAAUAAUCGAAAGAUAACAAUAAUAUGCAAAAGUAUGUGUUUUUUGCAUAACCAAUGA